UAUCUCACGAUGAAAGUUACGGUCAGCACUCUUAACGACGAAAUAUUCGUCCUCGACGUGUCUGAAGAUUUGGAAUUAGAAAAUUUUAAAGCAUUCUGUGAAAUCGAAUCAGGUUUCCCCGCAGCAGAUAUCACAUUAACUUUCAAUGGGAAACCUAUGAUACACGAUAAGAAAUCACUCAAGGAACUGGGAGUACAUGACGGCGAUGUAGUCGUUAUGCUCCACAUGGUGCACAGCAGGACAGCUUCGAACUUGAAAAUGAACGACGCUAGCCAAGCUCUGCCAAGUGGUUUGGCGAACCUUGACUUCAGCAACAUACAGGUGCCGCAAGGAGCAAGCACAUCUAUGGCGUCUAGAAAUUCUACAGUAGAAGAGGAUCCUCGCAUCAUAAGAGAAAUGUUCUUGGCUAAUCCAGAUCAGCUCGCUUUACUUAAGCAGAAUAAUCCAAGACUAGCGGACGCUCUGCUCAGUGGCAACUUGGAUACAUUUGCCUCUGUACUGCGGGAACAAAUAUCUGCUAGAACUGAAAGGCAACAACAAAGAAUAAGGAUGAUGAAUUCAGAUCCAUUUGACACUGAGGCACAGCGCAUGAUAGCAGAGGAGAUCAGGCAAAAGAAUAUCGAGGCCAACAUGGAGGCGGCCAUGGAGUACAACCCAGAGACAUUUGGAACCGUUGUAAUGCUUUACAUUAAUUGUCAUGUCAACGGUUUUCCAGUCAAAGCAUUCAUUGACUCCGGGGCGCAGACCACAAUCAUGUCAGCUGCAUGUGCCGAGAGGUGCAACAUCAUGAGGCUCGUAGACACAAGAUGGGCAGGUAUAGCUAAAGGAGUUGGAGUGCAGCGCAUCAUAGGUCGCAUUCACAUGGUACAGAUGCGCAUCGAAAAGGACUUCCUGACCACCUCCUUCUCAGUGCUGGAAGAACAACCCAUGGACAUGCUGUUGGGUCUCGACAUGCUGAAGAGGCAUCAGUGCAACAUAGAUCUGAAGAGAAACAUCCUUCACAUCGGAACAACAGGCACUGAGACACCAUUCCUCUCUGAGUCAGAUUUGCCCGAAUGUGCUCGGCUUUCGGGCAUCUCUGAAGAUGAUAUUGUAACACAGUCAGUGAGGGACGCCGAAGAGAAGCAAAUGAGGGAAGCUCUUGAGAAGUCUAAACAAGAGGCCGGCAAUCAAGCCCCGCGGCCCGCCAGUUCCGCCGGCACCGGACAGACGACCGGACAGAGAAUCGUGAACCCCAGCGUAACGAUCCUGCCCACGGACACGUUCGGCGAGACCGACGUCGAGGAGAUCGUCGCUCUGGGCUUCACCAGGGAACAGGCCGUCGUGGAGUUGCGGCGAUUCAACGGCGACAAGACGCAGGCCACGGUGGCUCUGUUCGCGAAAUCGCUCAAGUUUUAAUAAAUCUCCGCUCUCCGGAGUCCUGGAGCGGCACACCUCGCCGGACAGAAGCGGCGACCCGACUGAUGCAUCGCAGCCAGCGCCGAGCUGCUGCGAUUAACUCUAUAGGAAUCAUUAAAACUAAGCCCGCGACUAGAUCACUUAGAUAAUUGUGUUUGUAUGCUUACAAAUAUUACGUCUCAUACCUCUUCGAGUUGCUUAAAACGAUUCUGUACGAGUUCCUUUCUAAACGCUCGAGUGUCUCUUUCUGAUAAACAUAACCAGCCGACCAUAACUAAGCCAAUAAUAUUGACAUUUUUAAUAAUCUUAUACACUAAUAUUUUUAAAGGGUUUAUGUCGAUCGAUAUACACGUGAAGCUAAUCUGACGCAGGUGACAAGUUACACGAGGUGACCCAGUCCUCGAGGUCAGAGGAUUCACAACAUUACCUUUGAAUUUGAAUAUUCGGUUCGUAAACGCCACCACCUCGUCGUUGAAAAGAGUCGGUGACUGCGAUUAUUGCAUUUGUUAAGUAAAUAGUGACGAUAAAGGCCUAACGUUUCCAAAUAGAUUCUGCGAUUGUUUGAAUGUAAAGUCUUCUUGAACGUGCACUAUUAUUUAGUUUUGUAAGUGAACGGUCGCCAUUAGAGCCCGACUUUGAUUGACACUUCAGUUCUGUUCAACUAUCGUCGGACGAUUCGUAUGUUGUGAUCAGUUUUGCAAAACUAUCGACUGGCCUCCAGUUCAAUGUAGAUCAGAUUAUUGUGACGUUGCAUUUUUAUGACGUAUUUUGUAGAGCGACCAAAUAUUAACACGUUAAAGUAGAAGUCGCCGUCCGCAGAGGUGUGGCGCUCUCGUCUUGUAGUAAUAAUACCGUAAGCUAAGUGGGGGGCGCGGGGAGGUCGCCUCGCCGGGAGUUAUGAUACGAUGCAUAUCGACGUCCGCAUGCUGGGAUGUCAUUCACAGAGCACGGAUAAGCAAUACUUGUGAGACGGAUGUAUUGUGUGGACUUAGUUGUAAUUAUUUGCGGACUUUGUACUAAAUGUAAAAAUAAGUGCGGGAUCGUUUUUGGAUAAACAUUAUACAAUUGGGUUUAACAUAGGCUUUAUAUUUAUUUACAUAUAUUUGUGAACGUGAGAGCUGUACUCUGUGUUAGCUUUAACACUGUGUGCCUUCGCGAUAUAUUACCGUAGAAAUGUGCACAGGCUCGCGCCCAUAAGGUUAACAUUGAACAAUUGGACAUGCCACCACGCUGGUCUGCACCGAGUUGCAACGCACAGGGAGAGGCGCCUCUGGUCACCGCAUACCGCGAGUGACGUCGCUACGUCAGGCACCACAUCGUACUCUUAAGUAUUUUAUAUUAUUUUCAGUAAGAACUUAUAUUUACAAUAUAUUUAAAUUACAUUGUUCUAAAAUUAAGUAUUUCCUUUGUUAAAGUUUUGUAUUACACUGAAAACCGUAUAAAUAAAGUUAUUGCAUUGUA